AUGCGGCUUUUCUUUAUUAUUCUGCUCCAUCAACUAUUAUUUGGUGGAAUGUUAAUAAACCCACACCUCCUCUUCAUAUCUGCAGAGACCACAAGUAAUGCAGAAGCAGUAAUGACACCGGGAAUCCCUUCUCUUAUGUAUACAAACUCCUCAACAGAUAAGAUACAUCCCAUCUUAUCAACAUUAUUAUUAUCAUCUUCAUCUUCUUCUUCAUUGCCAAUAGAGGAGCCGCACUCCAUGGAGACAUAUGGAGUACUUUUACUUCUUGGGAAAGAACUACGCUACACCGCGGUGGCUCCUGUGCGUUUUUUGAAUGCCAUUCAACGUGCCCUACAAGAAGAUCUUCAACGCUGUUUUUGUCAUCUCUACAUGCAAAAUAUCUACAAGGCAAAAGAAGAAGAAGAAGAAGAAAAAGAAGAAGAGACAAUAGGGCAAAUGGUAAACUUCACGAGUGAAAGUUCCUCUUCUUUAGAAGAAGAAAGAAGAGGAAUAAUAGUAAAAGAUUGUAAAGUUGUGGUACAUGAUGUAUUGCCAAGAUUUAAUGGUAAUUCAGAACGACUAAUUGCAUAUUUUACAGCAAUAUGGAAUAUUACUUCUUUGUAUGUGGAUAAUGAUCAUAGUUCUAGUGAUUGUACUAUUAUUACUACUACUACUACUAUUGAUAAUAUUAAUAAUGUUAAUAAUAAUAUUGAUAAUAAUAAUAUUACUGAUAGUGUUAGUAGUAAUAGUAAUAGUGGGAAUUAUGAGAAAGGUAACAAUGGUUUACAUAUCACUAUGCCAUUAGAAUGUCUAUCCUCUAUGAAAAGAGCCAUGCAUGCCCUUACACGUAAAAAUCAUCUUCACUUCACUGAACAUGAACUCUUUAUUAAAGUUAGUCCAUCUACUAUUAUUAUUACCCGUAACUCCAAUCUGGGGUUUUUCUUUACAGAUACCACCUGUAGUACAGUGUGUGCCCUUGGGAUUGUUGUUUUAAUGAUCAUUGUAAUUAUGGUAACUGUGACUUGUGUGUGUAUGAGUUAUGAUCGCUGGGGAUAUAAUGGCAAUGGAGAUGAGGGGAUGACGAGAAAAGGGAGAAAACAAUAG